CAGCAGGGACCAAGCAUCGUGCAGAGGAGAUCCCUGCAGCCACCCCAGCUCCAGCCCUGCUUGCCAUCCGCUUGGUCCCUGCAGCACCAUGAAGGUCUCCGCAGUUGUCCUGGCCGCUCUCCUCCUCCUGGCCCUCUGCUCCCCAGCUGUGGCCCAUCUUGAUGGCGUCCCCACCACCUGCUGCUUCACCUACCAGCACCGCCCUGUCCCGCGUAGCCUCAUCGCCUCCGCCUACACCACCAGCAGCAGCUGCAGCCAGCCAGGGGUGAUCCUGGUCACCAAGAAGGGGAGGGAGAUAUGCGCUGACCCCCAGGCCCGCUGGGUGAAGGCACACCUGGAGCACUUCCUGAAGAAAAACUGACCCUUCCCUGCUGCCACCGCCCCCUGGUGGGCUUAGCCCCCAGCACCAAGAUGCAACAGAGUACUUGAACUGUGUCUUUCUUCAACGGGAAAUUUAUUCUACUUAACUUAUUUAAGUUAAAUUAAUUGAAUUAAAUGUAUAUUUUUUUGCUAUAAAAAGGGAAAAUACAAAAAUAAUUUAAAAUAUAUCACUAUGCCUUUCAAUAAGGAGCCUGUAUUUCUGAUGUCUAAUUAAAGUGUUUCGACUGUAAAAA